UGACAUAAAUGUUUGGAGGCCAGUGACGUACUGCAGCACAGAAGACUAGAAAUGUGUACGUUCCAGCUAGUAUCAAUAUUUUAGGCAACACAACAGAGAUAACAGUGAAAUGGAAACAUAUUAUGCAUAUAAAUAUGUAAAUUAUGUAAUAGUUUCUAUUUAUUAUGUUCAGCAACUAUUUGCAUCCAUCAUGGUGACUUUUUAUUCAGUAGCAAAACCUUUGUGUUAAUUCUUUUCAUUUCCAGGUCAAAUUGUGUCCCAUUUCCUCUUGAGAGGUUAUUGUUCCUCAAAAUGACCUAAAACCGUCACAUUUUCUCCAGAAUGAGCCCACUAAAUACCUUUGGCCGAGUGUGAAUCAUACAAAUGAUUCUUUCCUUCCUUUAUUUGAAACUAUUUUGGGAAUUUCUCUACCACACAAAAGUCUAUAAUAACACCUGUGGGAGGCUUUUGCUUUGUCAAGAAAUAAAGAAAAUGAAUGAAAGUUCUGAAGUUGGCAUUUAUUAUCAUGACUCACGAAUGCAAGUUCUUUUUAGCUCCACCAGUGGCACAGCUCGAGAGAAAUGUCUGUCAGUUCAACCCUUUGUUCCAGAGAAAUAUCAUAACAACUACUGUUAUGACAUUUUCUACAGACAUGCAUGAUCCCCAGAUGAUGAAUCAGAACAACAUUGGUGAUGAUCCCCAGACUUUACCCCUGACAUUUGAGGUUUUUUUGUAGAGGAAAUUUCUCAAAAUGUAUUUGAUUGACGGCAUAGAACUGUGUCCCGUUCAAUAAUCAGGUCAAAACUAUAUAUUUUAACAACCCCAUCAGGGAUACAAAACUGAUUUGUAAACAUACGAACCAUUCAAUAAUGUACCAACUGAACCAUGAGCUUGUUGAAACAUUGCAUCACUAUAAAGACCUGCUUAUUAUUUGAUAAAGUGACAGAGACGAAGAGGCAAUUAUCCAAACAUAGGCCUGCCUGACCAUUAGGUAGCCUGUCUUAUUUCAUGUAUAAAAUCAGUGUUCAUGAAUUACUACCAAUCAAUCUAUCUAUUUAUAUAUUUUGGAGUUCAAACACAUUUUAAAUGGUUCUUUUUUUUCUCCCCAAUGUGUGAAUCCGUGAUCAAAUCGCAAUACAAGCCAAACCAUUGGUUUGUUAAACUGUUGCACCCCAAGUUCCCCUUAGCCUCAGCUGUACUUUGUGUUUAAUGCUUAAAUGUAAAUGGUCAUGGUGAAUCAGAAAUAAAUACAGCAUUGAAAAUUGGUUUAAAGAACAUUGAGCAUGAUUUUUAGGCUCUUGUGCUGUGCUCUGUACCCUAAAACAGGUCGUAGGCUUAGUACAUGAAAGGUGGCGCUGCACAAGACCUGGAAUCACCUCUACAGUUGUAAAUUACUUUUCAUCUUUACCAAACCACUAUAAAUCACUAUUUAAGUAGAAAUCCUCUUACAACUGUAUCUCAAAGCCGUCCUUUAACUGUGCAGAUAACUCAUAAUAUGCAGGCAAACAAGUCUGAAUAUGCCUUUCUAAUGUCAGUGUUCUUAUCUUCUCUGGGUUGAGCUUCCCAACUACUCACAUUCCAGUGCGGGAAGACCACAGGUACGAACGAGGCUGGUGAGGAGAAGGUAAAGUCAGAAGGGAUGAAAAAAGAGACGGGUGUGAGUGAAGGAGAAGAAAGAAAAAAAACAGCGAAGGUGUAAAAAAACCAAAAAAACACACCAAUGAGGAGACCAUGGGGGUUCAACACUACUGGCUGCUGCUGCUGUUGGUCGACUGCCAUGAACGGAUUACAGGUGCUGUGAGUGGCAUCAGUCCCUAUAUAAAGCAUUAUGAGGGCUUGUCAUAUGACAGGGAAGAUCUUAACAGGAAGCACCUGAGAGCCAGGAGAUCCUCACAACCUCAUGAACACACGCUGCAGCUGGACUUCACUGCUUUCCACAGAACAUUCCGUCUGAAUUUGAAACGCAAUGCAGCAGCAUUUUCCGAAAAUUUCAUGGUGAUCAGUGAAAAUGGUUCAGCGUCGGCUGACCUCUCCCACAUAUAUUCAGGAACACUAAAAGGUGAACAUGGUUCCUGCCAUGGCUCAGUGUUGCAGGGUCAAUUUGAGGGAACCAUCCAUACAGACAACGGGACCUAUCACAUAGAGCCAGUAGAUAGAUACACCAGCAGCCCAACAGAUCACCACUCUAUAAUCUACCACGAGGAUGACAUGGUCCUACCAUCCAUGAGAACUGGCCCUGAUAGAUUCUGUGGCGCUGAACAUCUGAACCUCCUCGCCCAAAGCCUCAGACCUGUUGAGGAGGCACCGGUGAGCCGGUUGAGGAGGACAGUGGAUGAGUCAAAGACUAGCUGCCUGCUCCACUUCCAUGCUGACCACCUCUACUACAAGAAGUUCAAGUCUGUGGAAGCGGUUGUGGCUCAGGUUGCCUCCUACAUUCGAGCUGUGAAUGACAUCUAUGACAAGGUGGACUUUGAUGGAAUCGAACUGCUCAACUUCAAAGUGAAAUCCCUCCGUGUGAUGGUAGAGGAAGAUAAAAACGAUCCUUUGAAUCCUCUGUACAUCGGGCCUGAGAAACUGUUGAGUCUAUACUCCGAGAACAACUGGGGCAACUUCUGCCUGUCCUAUCUGCUCACCAACAGAGACUACAGCGGAGUGCUGGGACUCGCCUGGGAGGGCAAAGCUGGUAACUGGGGAGGAAUAUGUUCAAAGCUGACCGUCGUGCGUAACGGCCGGACCUCCACCCUGAACACAGGUCUGGUCACAAUACAGAACUACGGACGAUUCCUGCCUCCUCGACACGUCCAGUUGACCUUCGCUCAUGAGCUCGGCCACAGCCUGGGAUCCCCGCACGAUGAGGGCUCAAACUGCGGCAACCUGGGCUCCCGCGGCGGUAAAGGCAGGUAUCUGAUGUUCCCUCACGCCACAGACGAGGUGCGUGAAAACAACAAUAAGAUCUCGCCCUGCAGCAUCAAGCACAUCAGCAGGAUCCUGAAGCUGAAGAAGGAUGAUUGCUUCUUGGUCAGUGAUCAGCCCAUCUGUGGAAACCAGAUUGUCGAGGAGGGUGAAGAGUGUGACAUUGGUCACAACGACACCGACCUCUGCUGUUUCAGCACCAAGCAGCCUGUAGGAGUCCAGUGUCGCCUCAAGCCUGGUAAAGCCUGCAGUCCGAGUCAGGGUCUGUGCUGCGGUCAGGACUGUGGGUUCAAGCAGGCGGGUCAGACCUGCGAUGAGGAGACAGACUGUCAGAGAGAAGCUUUGUGUUCAGGCUUCUCCCCGCUCUGCCCCGAGCCAAGCGCCAAGGAAAACCUCACAGUCUGCAGUCAGGGCACGCGUGUCUGCCUGAACGGGGUUUGUGCAGAGUCGGUGUGUGUGAAGCACAGUCUGCAGCAGUGUGACUGUCCAGGAGACUCCAUGAAGGAGAAAUGCCACAUGUGCUGCCAGCAGCCCGAUAAGCCUCAGACAUGUGCCAGCACUACCUCCUCCGUGCUGUCCCGUCAAUUCCAGAGGAAGGCGCUGCCGUUGGUCGGCGGGGCUCCGUGCUCAGGGAACCGGGGAUACUGUGAUAAAUUCCAGGUGUGUCGUAUGCUGGAUGCAGAUGGCCCAAUUGCAAGACUGAAAAACUCUUUCCUCCAUUUGGAUGACUUCGAUGACAUAGCAGAGUGGAUGAAGGCUCAUUGGUGGGCCAUCCUGCUGGCUAUCCUGACUCUGUCUGGAGUGAUGGGCUGCACCGUCUGCCUCUGCGGUACCAAGCUGGACACCAGCGACUUGAAGUGACCUCUGCCUCUUGGUCAUCUCUGGGAUUAUGAGUAUUUUCAUUGAAGCCCCACAAAGUCAUUAAGAUUAAUUCAUCUGGGAUUUUUAAGAGUCAAAGUCACAUUGAGGAGAUUGAACUUUGUUCGACAAACAGUGUGUGAUCUGCAGAUGACCUGUGUCAACACUUCCACCUGCUCUAUGCCUCUCACGUUGUUUUGGUAACUGAUAUCUUUGUGCGUCAUCGUGCAUCUGCCAUUUUUUCCACUUGUCACUUGUCUGUUCACAUUUCAACAAGCCGCCUGAAUCCUGUCAAUUGCAUUGCAUGUUAACAAGCUAAUAAAGUCCCCCAAAAAUAUAUUUGACUGCUAUUGAUAAAAAUUACCUUAUUUUAAUGAAAGGUAAAAAAAAUAUAUGUGAACAUUGUUGACACAUUUCAAUACUCCAAUAUUUUUGAAAAACAGCAAGGGGGAGAGAAAGUAAAAAAAAAUCCAGAUCUGUGUAGCAGAACCUGUUUUUUCUACCACUUGGUUAGGAACCACUGUAAUAAACUACUGUAUAUAAAGCAGUUAAAACGACUUGCAUUAUCACAUUUAGUACAUUAACUUAUUAAACUUAUGUGCUUUUCCUUUGAACACUUCACUUUUAUCAAAAACAGCUGCGAGAGUUUAAAUUGUUAAAAAUGUUUGGAUCACAAACAGGUUU